AUGCUAGCACCUUACAACAACUCUAUGCGCCUAGGGCAAGGAUUCAAUUCGUUCACACAGAAAAUACGCAUGACUGAUGCUGUCACCGAAGCCAAAAGUGAAUCGUCAUCGCGUUCGGAAGACCAGCAGCCCAAGGGGAUCAGUCAAAUUGUUUCGUACUCGUCUCGCUUCGUUGACAAGCUCAGCGAUGUGACUGAUGUGAUGAAUGUAUCUGCUUCUUUAUCCAUCAAAACAGGGACAAUAGGUGGAGCCGUUAGCGGAACCUACAUCGACUCGGAUAAGUUCAAGACCAGCGAUCUCAACUUCUUCAUUCAAGUCAAGGUGACGAACCAAACACAUAUGGCGCACGACUAUACAGAGUUUAGUAAACUGAAGAAUCUCCCGGUUGCCAGAUUCACUGAGAUAUAUGGAGAUUCGUUCAUAGCCGGAUGGGAGGAAGGUGGAGAACCCAAUGCACUAAUCUCAGUUAAAAUACUGUCCGUGCGCACCCAAUGCAACACUUCAGCCAAUGCAACACCCCACCAAAAUGCGAGCUCACCAAAAAAUGAAGCUUUUAACCACCACCAAAACGCUAUUAUUGCGAGAUUUUUUAGUGGAGUACUAGCAUGA